AUGAUUAUUGAAAAGCAUGAGGAUCGCUGUUUCAAGAGCUGCAGUGCUCAUUCAUAUAUAAGAAAGAAUUGGCUUGGAUCCAUUGUCUUCCCUUUCUCUGCUCUCCUACAACAAUCUGAGUUUUCAGAUCAAAUAGACGUUUUGGAGAGAGCACGGAUUUUUACAAAAGCUUGUAAGGCGUUAUUUCCUAAACGAAGAAUCACCACUACUGUUUUUAAUGAUGAAGGGAUACAGAUCUUAGUGAUAAGAUACAUCAAGGCAUUGAAUCCACCUCAACAACUCCUGGAUAUGUUUCUUCAUGAUUCUAAUGCAAGACUUGACCUUGUUGCUCACUUUGUAUCUUUGAUUCCCAUUAUGCCUGAUGCACUGGAUGAAAAUGAUGGUUUUGAUAUAUGGAUGACAUCAGAGCGCUGCAUCAGUUUAGCUAUUGGAAAUAAGGAGGAGCAUGCCAUACUUCUCUGUAAUUUCUUCCUGUAUUUUGGAAAGAAAGCUUUGGUCCUUCUAGGAACCUCAGUGUUGGAAGGGCCCGUGGCGUAUGUAUUAACUCAGGAAACUGAUGAAUAUUUGCUUUGGAAUCCAUUAACUGGACAGUGUCAUAAGCAGUUUGACCCAUUUUGUCCGUUACAAGGUGUAGAUUGUUUGUUUGAUGGUGAAAACGUAUGGUUUAAUCUUCAGCAGAAUAAUUCACCAAUGGCUGUGUAUUUUGACUAUUCAAAGGAAAGUUUCUGGAAACAGUUGCUUCCAAAAAAUUAUCAAGGAACAAAAACACAAAGCAUUCAGCCUGAAGAAAUAAUUUAUUCUGAUACUAAUAAGAGCAUGGUAGAAGAUCUAAAGAACAGGAUUGAAAGAACUCUGAAGUGUAAAAUAAUGGAAUGGCGGCCUAAACAGCCAACACGUUGGAAUAGACAGUGUACUUUCAUUUUACGACAGAUUCUUCCUAAACUAGAACUUGGUACUGGAAGCUUUGUUUCAUCUGAAGAAGAGAGUGAAUUUGAAAGACUACUGCAAUUUUAUUGGGUCACAGGAUUUCCUAUCCAGAUGCCAUACACUGAUGUACAGUCAGUUAUUGAUGCUGUGUAUCAAACUGGAAUUCAUUCUUCUGAAUUUCCACAGACAGAAUUUGCUCUAGCUGUGUACAUUCACCCCUACCCAAACAACAUAUUAUCUGUGUGGGUCUAUUUGGCUUCAUUAGCUCGACAUCAGUGAAAAGGAAAAAGAUAGAAGAAGAUGGUACAUGGGCCCCCAACCAGGAGACAGACUUUUCUGGUGCUUGGGAUUUUUCUGUUUAUCUUCAAGUCCAGACAAGCGUGAGCCCAAUUUUUGGCUCACUUAUAGAGUAGGGGAC